UCCAGGCGCGAAGGCUACGGCGCGGCGCGGGCAGGGGAGGCCCGGCUGAGCGCCCGGGUCCCGGAACCCGACGAACGAGCCUGAGACCGUGUCCCCUGGGAAAAGCUGCAUUUGAGAGGACCCGUCUUCUCAGCCGCCGCAGCCGGGGCUCCUGAGAGCCCGUGACCUGCGUCGGUUCCCCGAGAACCCCGGGACACAUCCGCCCUCGGGAGAAGAUGCCCGAGACACGAGGAACACUAUGUCCUGCACCACCUGAACUGUAACCGAAGCCUUCUGGGUUGGGACCGGCAGCGGGGCGGCAUGGUGAACUCCAUCACGGAGCUGGAGUUCUCUAACGAGCAGAGUAACGAGCAGAUCUCCCAGGUCGCGCUCCUGCAGUUGUCGGAUGAUGCACCCCCCAGCGAGAAAAGUUCAGCCGGUGACCCGGAAAAAACUGGCUACCCGGACCCCGUGUACGUGAUGGCCGCGAACAUUUUUCAGGGUAUUCGAAUGGAAAAGUCGCCAGAGAAAGUCAUAAUAAAGUACGGGAGUGAACCCCUGCGCUGCUCGGCGCAGUCUGAGGAUGAGACCGUGAGGCGUUUGGCCUACGAGCUGGCCUUCAGCGCCCUGAAAUAUCAAGAUAUUUUGGAAACCAUAUUAAUAGACAGCUAUGUAUUCCCAAGCACCACAAUACCAGAUCACUUGAGCAGUCUUAUUAUUGUGAUGCUGUAUGAUUUCCAAGAUAGAAAAUUUCAAACUCGUAUCCUUCCUGGUAAUGAAGAGCCCAUAUCAGAAGUUCAAGAAGUGGAGGACCUUCUUAAUAGCUUUAAGACCAAGUUGGCUGCAGCACUGGCAAGAUGUCGAAUCAAACACGAUGCUCUUUCCAUUUAUCACAUUCUGCCAGAGCCGGUGAGGAAGCAGGAGCUGAGAGCCGCCACCCUGCCGCUUUAUGCUUGGAUAAAUACAUGUAAGAUAAGCCCUGAAGAAGUUUAUAAUAGUUUGAGGAACAAAGGCUAUAAUAAAGUCAAAUCUGUAUUGCAUAUUGAUGAUAAAGUCUUUGCUGUGGACCAACAUUGCUAUGAUGUCUUAAUUUUUCCAUCUCAUCUUAAAAAAGAUCUUAUAAAUAUAGAUCUUUUCAAGGAUAAUAAACUUAUCUUUCAGGACAAAUCUCGAAGUCUUGCAGUCCAUUCUGUAAAGGCUUUAUUAAAUAUGGAUGAUGAUAUCUUAAUGGUCAAUACAGGUUCCUGGUACACAGUUGCCCAUAUGUCCAUCUUAACAUGUAAUAAUACCUCCAAAAUAUUUGUGUGUGGAGUACAGUCACAAGCCAAGGAUCCUGACUUGAAGAACCUUUUCAAAAAGAUGGGAUGUAAAAAUAUUGAAAUACUUCGUGAGACAUUUGGUAACAUUGAAUCAAAGGACCAGAGGCUGCAGAAAGUUAAAGUCAUUCUGCUGCUGCCUCGCUGUUCAGGAGUGGGUGUUAGUAAUCCAGUGGAAUUUAUUUUAAAUGAGUAUGAAGAUACAGACUUACUUAAAGAUCUCUCGCAAGGAGGCACAUCCGAAGAGAAGCUUCAGGUUCUAGUUCAACAGCAGUAUGAGCAGCUGACACAUGCAAUGAAAUUUACUAAAGCACAAGCGGUUGUUUACUGCACAUGCUCAAUAUAUCCAGAAGAAAAUGAAGCUGUUAUUAAGAAAGUGUUACAAUUUCAAGAUCCUGGGGUUAAAGUACAACCUUACAGGCUCAGCCCUCCUGUCCUGCCGCUGUGCUCCAUGGAAGAAGUCCGUUUGUCCACUGAUAAGUUUUUCAGAGUGGAACCAUCUGAGAUCACCAAUGCUUGCUUCCUUGCUGUUUUAACAAGAGAGCGGGACCCAUCUGAGGCCUUGUCUGUGAAGGACGUUUUGGCCCGGGCUGCAGCCAAGGGUCUGCUGGAGGGGAUUGAGUUGGGAAAAUCAUCAAAACGGGAGAAGAAAAAGAAGAAAUCAAAAGCAUUGCCUAAAGCUCCUACUAAUGAUAAUUAUGGCAUCCAAAUGAAAAUUGCUGAGUUCCUGAGUCGAGAAAGUAAAGCUAAAGCAACCACCGAUCAAUCGGAGACAUUAAUGACACAAGCACCUCCUCCACAGAAAAAUGCAACUCCAGCGGGCUCUUCUACCCAGAUCCGCAAAGGCAGCAAGCCUGCCACCAAUUCUUUAAUGUCCACCGCGAUGAAGCACCCCUGUCCCUCCAGGCCGUGGGAACGGCACACACAAUUCGGGAGACCUCGACCCGAAGGCAAAGUGGUUGCCCUGAAACCUGUGGAGAUCGUGUUGCCACCGGUGAUGUUUCCGUUUUCAGGUUCCCAAGGGAUUCGAUCUCAGAUGCCAGCUCCACAUUUCUUCUGUCGUUGGAUUGGACCCAAGACCAGCACGCCAGGCUCCCUUCCCGCCCCUGCCCUCUCAGUCUCUGGGAGAGGGGAGAAGCUGAAAGAGAACCCCCGCUCCUCCCUUCCCCGGCGUCCCCGGCAGUGGCUCUGAGAGCCCUGUGCCCCACGUGGCCAGGAACAGGUGAUUUUCCCCACAGUCGGGUGUUAGACAGGGCCGAAGGAGGUGCUCCCCUCUUCAUCGCUCAGCAUCUCCUGGAGGGCGGUGCUGCCUCCCAAGAACUCAGGGAGGUGAGAAACAGCGCUGUUGGGCAUUAAGAGCAGAACUGAGAUCCAGCAGCUUGGCGCCGAUCGGUUUGAGGGCCGCUAGAUCUGCCCUGCUCGCGUCCUGGGCUCCUCCGCCCUGGGCCACGACUGCCAGUCUGGGAAGGAAGGCAGGCAUCUUACAGAAUGCAGGGGCGGGCGCCAGACACAGGCUCUGCCUGCCAGCACAGGUGUGCAGCGCCUCACUUUCCAGGUAGCUGGAACUGAACUUCGAAAAUCACGAUCAAGGUUGACUGUUCCCUUAAGUUUAUUGCUGAAACAAGGCGUGAUGCGUGCGAACUUUUGUAAUGGUUCUGAGCUGGAGCAGGGAGGCAGAAAGCCCCGCCCCCUUGGCUGAGCCUGCAGCUUUCUGUGGGCAGAGCCUCCAGCAUCCAUGUAGACUGAACUCUGUCCUUCCUCCCUGCGGCCUGUUCGUGCCAAACAGCGCCCUGAAGAAUGGCUCCGAGCAGACUUCCGUUCCGCCUACGUGUUGAUAAUUUGGAGCAAGAGGCAAACGGCUGGACACAAGUGAUACCUGUUGUGGAAGAAACCCAUAAAGAUUUCUGAUUCUAUUCAAAGAUCAGGUCCUCUCAGGUAACAGAGGAAGGGGCAAAAAUGUAUGAGGCCAGUAUUGAACCCUCUGGAGACUUCAUCCACUUCCAGGAAGAAAUGAGGUUUUGUCUUUUCUGUCUGCGAGGUCAAGGGAUCUGCACGUCCCCUCUCCUAUCUCUGUGGAACACAUCCUGAGCCCCCUACAACAGACACCAGCCAUCAUCGCGGAGGUCUGUGGGAUGCGGUGGGACAUUCCCUCAGUCCUGGAGCAGGGGCAGGCUGAGGAGCUUCCUCUGUGCACUGAGAAAUACAGAGCAAUCAAAUCUGCUCAUCAGCCAGGCUGAAAUCCAAAUGCUACUUAGCCAGCUGCUCUCACAUUUGCCAUUCAGUGCCUGCCUCCUGAAGAGGGUCCUACGGCAGGUGCGAAGCCGACUCCCCUCCCAACCCCAAAGGUGUUCUUGUCCUAAGCGCUGUACUCUGGGAACGGACCAUGUCCCUGGAUUAUCUGAGGGGGCCAAGGGCAUGGAGAGGGGAGGGGCAGGCACCCUAACAGGCAGGGCCAGGAAGCAGGGAGAGGAGGGAGAUUUUUCCCAGGAUCUAGAGGGAAUGCAGCCCUGCCAACACUGUGGUAAUUUUUUUAGGCUGAAAGAUCCAUUUUGGACUUCUGACCCCAAGAAUUGUAAGAGAUUAAGUUUGUCUUGCUUUAAGCCACUUAAGCUUGUGAUAAUUUACUACAGCAGCAA